UCUCUCUCUCUCUCUCUCUCUCUCUCUCUCUCUCUCUCUCUCUCUCUCUCUCUCACACAACCUCCCACUCACUUCCACUCCAUCUCCCAUUCUGCAGUCGUUCCCAGCAAGCCACCAUUUCUAUAAUCUUCUCUCUGUUUUUCUCUCCUCCUCCCUCCAUUUCCUCACAGCAAACGGCCCGUCCUACGUUCUUCGCCAGGAAGUUUGAAGCCAGUGUUAACCAGGAGAUAGUGAACCAACUAGAUGGCUACCUGUUUGGACCUAUGCCCCGGGGGACCCCUGGCCUCCAGGCCUACUGGGAGAGUGCGUUUGACGAGGCCGACGGGGUCGCGACCCUGAGCGACACACAGCUCACACUCUACCAUGCGUUUGCUCGUAUGGGCCUGGCGAGGGCGGCAGCAUCGCUGCAAGGAGAUCCUAAGGAUGACAGCUGCAGGUAUUUCCCCAUGGGCCACCCGGUGUCAGUGCAUCUCUACUUCCAGUCAGACCAGUUCCAAGGCUACCUGGUCAAGCACCAUGCCACUAACCUGGCAACCAGCAAGCUGGAGACCCUGGAGACCUGGGUGAUGCCCAGGAAGACCUACAAGGUGGCUUCCCCACCCAGCACCUUCACCAGGCUGCAGUUCGCCGAGAUCGGCACGGAGUGGGAUGCCAAAGAGCGCAUGUUCCGUAACUUCGGUGGUCUGAUGGGUCCCAUGGACGAGACCGUCGGGAUGCAGCGGUGGUCCAAGGGCCCCAACGUGACCGUCACCGUGGUGUGGAUCGACCCCACCAACGUCAUCGCUGCCACCUACGAUAUCCUGAUCGACGCCAGCGCAGAGUACACCCACUACCGACCCCCCCUGAACCAGCCUCUCAGGCCUGGGGUGUGGACCAUACGGGUGUUGCAUCACUGGAGCCCCGUGGCCGAGACCAGGUUUCUGAUUAGUCCGCUGGCUUAUAUGAAGCAUCAGCCUAUAAGACAAGAGGACACGCUGAAGCUCCACAACGGACCAGCCAAGAACAGUUAUAUGGAGCAGAGCUUCCAUGGCCUCAACCCCGUGCUCAACAUCCCUGUACACCUGGGCCAGGUGGAGCAGGCUAAGCGCAACGCCGCCCUGACUGGUCCCGCCUUGGAGCACUGGGUAGACGGCCUGGUGGGUGCGAUGUGGGAGGCUGGGGACGUGUGUUCCACCUCCAUGACAGGGGGACCUGGAACAUCCUGCCCCGUCAUGCAGACCUGCGCCAAGACCCCCUGGAGCUCGCUCAGCCCCGACCCCAAGUCCCAGCUGGUCCCGCCGCACGCCGACGGGCGCAUCAGGUAGCAGUGGCGCCUCCGGCUGGACGGGAGGCCACACUGCAGGUCUUAAGUUUAAAUAAUUUAUUUUUCAAAUCUCUUUUUGUUUAAUUUUUAUUUUUCAGUCGACGUAAUGGAUCAGAUAAGACGAGAAAAGACGUAAGUUGUGUGUUUUUUAAGGUUGAUUGGAGGUUGUAGGAACGUUGAAGAGGAAGAGAAUGUCUGGGGAAGGUUUUGUGGUGUCGUGCAAGUUUCAGACUCCUGAAGUGUUCGUCUUUGGGGGUUUUGCCGGCUUUGCCGUUUUCUGUUUCCCAAUGUAUUUAUUUUAAUCUCAUCGCUGAGUUUACUGUGAUUGAUGCUGUGUCCGACGUAGAGACAAAUGUUGCUUUGCCAAGCACCUAGUAAGGCCGCCUAGUCUGCUGCUAAAUGAAAGAGCGAUUGUGAAGUCAGUCAGAAGUCAGUGUUCGGGUGGAACAGGAUAGUCGACACUGGUAGUGGACCACGUUCUGGGCCCGUAUUCACAAAGCGUCUCAGAGUAGGAGUGCUGAUUUAGAAUCAGUUUUCUCUUUUAAAUCAUAAUGAAUAUGAUUAUAUAGACAGGGGGGGACCUGAUCCUAGAUCAGUACUUCUACUCUGAGAUGCUUUGUGAAUACGAGGUCUGCUUCUUAAGGUUGGUUUGGCCUACAUGUAGGGAGAUAGACUGAACCGCAACCUCGGAGGGUGUGGCGAAGAUGUAUCUUUAAAAAAAAAAGCGAAAUUCCUUGCCUCAAUCUUUGCGUAUGACUGACAAAGUUACUAUGGCACAGCACUACAUAUUGACUUUCAGUGCCUGAACAGGAGAAAGGUGUGUGGGUGUGACUGGACUAUGGGGUGGCAUUAGUGCCAGUAGAAGUUGAAUUCAAUCCAUGAAUGAUUGAAACUAGAUUAAGUUUCUAUUGUCACUAAUAUCACUCCAUACUGGACAGCCUGAAACUUGAAAUGAAAGUAUAUCAGCUGUGCUUUCGCAAGAAAACAGAAAUUCUCAAGCUUAUUUUUUCAUUUCCUUUUCUAAGAAUUUUUGUUCAUUUGUUUUUAACGACGGUUUAUGUUGCAAGUAUGAAACAGAAUAUGUCUCAAAGUUAUUGUUGAGUGAAUGGAGUGAGAUGUCCACGAGUUGCUAUUUAUUUAUAAGUUUAUAUAAAUACAGAAUAUUUUUAGUCAAUGACUAAAUGACUACAACGCUGCUUUGGCAGCUCGAUAAAUAUUUUUUUGUAAAGAGAAACUGCCUUUAUUUACAAAGGCCAAUGCCCCAACCUGUAUACCUAUUUUGGGCGCAACAAACCUAAUGCCCGUCUGUAUGUCCGUGUUGUCCGGUCUGAAUAGCUCUUCCUGUCUUGGUUCUUUCGUUGACUGUUUGCCAAGUCUUCAUCACACGGGGAAGCACCCAGGACUGAAAGGUCACAGAAGGGUCAGCUUCCUCCUGACAACCUCCCCAAACAGAGAAGUAAACAAAAAAAGACAGAAACACUCCAAAAACUCUCCAAAAUGUGUGUUGAAGUCAUUCCGUGGUGAUGUUGCAUUUCCUACUCGGUUCCGUGUCAGUACCAGGAUGUUAGUGAUUGAUGAUGCUGUUCAUGCUGUGGCAAAAAUGGAAACAAAUAGUGAAUAUAUCUUGUAUCUUGAUCAAGGAACUGUUGGAUUGGGCCCAGGCAACUUUUGUUUUCACCUGUUCUACUACAUGCUAAGUACUUUUGCUGCCAUCAAGACUAUCUCUCUGUUUACCACAGUUCAAACAUAGCCUAUAGCACAGUGGCCCCUUCUCCAACCACAAUGAAGGGUAACUACGAUCUGCCGGUUCGUUUGUUUGGCUUCAACUCAAUUCUCCUCACAACCUAAUUUGGUCCCAAUUUAGAAUCCAGUCUGUGAUUAUCAACAUGAUUUGGCAGUCAAACGUGCUAAGUGAAUGUUUUCACCAGGGCUCAUCAACGAUCAUUAGUGAGUUAAUCAAUGGCCCAAGUUCACCUUGAACCUUGUUGGAUGUAUCGAUCCUAAUAAGUGUCAGUCCUGUCACUCAAACUUGAACUGUCGUUGCCAUGGUUACAAAGAAGGACAAUUUUGCCUAUAUAUAGUGCUCGCCAGCUUCUAGUGCUAAAACCCAGAAGUGAGUUACCUCUGGUUCGUUCAGCCUUUCCUAUGGGGAAAGAAUAGGGAUUUGGGAUAAACACUGAGAAUAAGGUCUGAGGUUAACACAGGCUUAGGAGAUCUAUACAGUACACUUUGUUCUAUGAGAUAAUAGCAGCCAGUUAACAUGACCUUUAUUCAUUAUGAAGCCUUUAUGCGCUUUUUUUAUUACAUAAAUGCAUCAAAAUUCACAAAGUGACGUUAGCUGAUGAAGAUGAUCUCCUAGAACAAAACGUAUAAGAUCUCCUAAGCCUGUGUUUACCACAGACCUUAUUUUCAGUGUUUAACCAAAAACCCUACAAAAAAUGCCAUUCAUCUUCCCAUAGGCUUUGUCCAACAAACCAUGGCGGAUUUAGUGCCUACAAAAAGACGCCAUUACUAUUUCUCUGUAUUAGCUACCUAGCUAAUAACAUAACAGCUAGAUACAGAUAUGACCCUGACUUCCUUUUACUGGCAGUGCCAUUCUCACAUUGAAACAAAUACUUAAAUUGACGAACACUUUGCCCAUUGUUCAAAAGUUCAAUUAUCAUUCUCGAGAAGUGAAUUGAAAUAUGUUACUCAAUGUAAAAGUCCUAUUUUGUUACAAAAAUGAAGAAAAUGUACAUAAAUAUUUUGUAUUGAAAAUAUGUUUAAAACGAUGUAAAUACCGAUGCAGUGUGGAAAGAUUAUGAAUUGGAAUUACAGUGGAAGAAGAAGAGAUGGCUGGUGUUACUUGUUGCUAGUUGGGCACAAAGUGAUUUUAGGUACAUAACCUGUUUCAAUGCUUUGGACAGAUCUAAGGAGUAAGGAAUGACUCAGAAUUGGGUAAAGCUUUUAAUAUUAUUCUUCGCCUUUCAGAGAAUAUCAUGACAGAUUGUUGUUCUCUCUGCUGGAAUGUAUUGUUGAGCAACUGUUGCACAAACUUCUCUGAACUCAACGUUUCCCGAAGUUUCUGGGGAAACGUCAACGUUUCCUAAAGUUUCAGGGGGAAACUCUGUGCCUUAGCUAUCUAUCUAUACUCCUGCCUAGGGGACUCUUAAAACCUUCUGUCCAUCUAUGAACAUUCAAUUGUUGUGGUAGUUUUUACUUUCGACAAAAAGUGAAAGAAGAACACCAAGAGUUAGUCGAUGUGAUUUGAUGAAUCUGUAACACCAAAAAAAGAUGUCCGCUGUUGUAAAUACCAUGCCUUCUUGUCUUUCGCUUUUCCAUUUUUGUGGAUUUUUUUUUUUUUGUUGGUACAUUUUUCUCUGACUGCUUUUUGAAAUAAAAAGAGCUCUCUCUA